AUGGCUGGCACCACGCUAGCAAUUCGCAAGAUGGCUCCGUCCAUCAUGCAGCUGUCGUCGAUGACGCGCAGGUCGAUGUCGACAUCGCAGCUUGCCCUUCGCGCAAAGCCGAUGCGGUCUACCCAGGUUUCCCAGUCUGUGUCGCGGAUCGCUCGUCGUGGCUACGCUGAUGCUGCUCCUUCGCCUGCCCCGAAGCCCAAGAAGCGUUUCAGAGCUCUGCGUUGGGCCUGGCGGUUGACCUGGCUCUCUGCCAUCGGUCUGACCGGUACUGUCGCAUACAGCAUUUUCGAUCUCCGUCAACCCCCGGACCAGGCCCCGCCUGACCCAUCAAAGAAGACUCUGGUCAUUCUCGGAACUGGCUGGGGCUCCGUUUCCCUCCUAAAGAAGCUUGACACCGAGAACUACAACGUUAUCGUCGUCUCCCCCCCGUAA